UCAUCCUGUGCUCAGCAAAAUUCCCUAUGUUCCCUAUGGGGUUGCCACACUCACCAAACUCACAGGAAAGCCGUCCUUAUGCCAGAAUUCAUGCAUGUGUCCAUCGGACUCAUAUUUCCUGAGGUCCUACGGUAGGCCAGGCCUUCCACUGACUGCCCAGUUUCCAAAGGGCCUGACACCUUCCCAGCACCGGAACUCUUAUGCCCACCUUCCUAGCCACUGGUGUGCGGUAUCUUGGGGUCAGCAGGAGACUGACCAGUGUGUGGCCUCAGAGAAAGGGACUGGAUGGGUUUGAAUGGCAUCCCACCACAGUCGUGGUGACUAAAGUGAUGGUGAUGACACCACUGGACCUGCCAGCCCACGCCGCACACACUCCCAGACUAGUGCCUCACUUUCUGGGCAUCAUGGCACAAAUCCUCACGGGUUCUUAUUCCACAGCCCCGCUUUGUCUGGACUCUGGGAUGACUGCCCCCUUGGCUAACACCAUCUUUGUUCGGACAGGUGACAGCAUGGCUCACUAGGCCAGGGCUUUCUGGCAUGGUCAGUCACAUUCUCCUAGGAAGAUGCCCCAUCACCCUGGUGGGCUGGGAGUCCCCGUCUCCAGAGGGGGCAGGUACAGCCCCAGGGCUUGGUUUCUCCCGGCUGGUCCCCUCUGAGGAGCCUGAGCUGCUCUGGUGGUGCCCUGUGGACUAUACCUUCCAUCUUCCUGCCAGUCACCAUCCAGGGCCCAAUGGGGCAGACCUCAUCACUCAUCAGACACCCAACUACCCUACCAGGAGCCCACCCAGUGCCAGGCCUAUGGGCUCAGACAGCAUCUGGCCAGCUCUGUAGGGGGAGUGAGCUACCCUCUCGCUCGCUCUGCCCUAGUGUGUAUGUGUGUGUGUGUGUGUUUUGUUCCAGUUACUUGCUGGGAACAAGGGAAAAACACAACAAACCCCAAACGUCCCACUCUCCAGCUCUGGAGCACCCGUGCUGGGCUGCAUGGGGACUGGCCGGAGGGGCAGGGCCAGGGGAGGGGGUAGGCAGAGCUUCGGGAGGAGAUGAGGUGAAAGUAAUUGACGCUGCCCAGCCCGGCAGUGGGAGAGGCAGGGGAUGCGUCAGUGUCUCACUGGAGCUGGCAGAGGUGUGAAUGAGCGGCGGAGACACGCUGGCUGCGAGUGCUUACCGGGGAUGUCUGUGGCUCAUGGACCUGUGGCCCCCUCUUCCCCAGAACAGGGUCCAGGGCAAGUGCCCGCAUGGGCUGGGAGCUGGCGUGUCCUCAUCCCUGGACGCUGGGGACUGGCGGAAACGUCAGGCACAUGCAGCGGGUGUCGGCGAGGGAGACGCGAAAGCUACCCUUCUCCCCUGUAGGACAUCCCGACUUGACCUUCAGAAGAAUGGUGCUGUGCCCAGCGAGGCCACCAAGAGGGACCAGAACCUCAAACGGGGCAACUGGGGCAACCAGAUCGAGUUUGUACUGACGAGCGUGGGCUAUGCCGUGGGCCUGGGCAAUGUCUGGCGCUUCCCAUACCUCUGCUAUCGCAACGGGGGAGGCGCCUUCAUGUUCCCCUACUUCAUCAUGCUCAUCUUCUGCGGGAUCCCCCUCUUCUUCAUGGAGCUCUCCUUCGGCCAGUUUGCCAGCCAGGGGUGCCUGGGGGUCUGGAGGAUCAGCCCCAUGUUCAAAGGCGUAGGCUAUGGCAUGAUGGUGGUGUCCACCUACAUUGGCAUCUACUACAAUGUGGUCAUCUGUAUCGCCUUCUACUACUUCUUCUCGUCCAUGACGCACGUGCUGCCCUGGGCCUACUGCAAUAACCCCUGGAACACACGCGACUGUGCUGGAGUGCUGGAUGCCUCCAACCUCACCAAUGGCUCCCGGCCGGCCACCUUGCCCAGCAACCUCUCCCACCUUCUCAACCACAGCCUCCAGAGGACCAGCCCCAGCGAGGAGUACUGGAGGCUGUACGUGCUGAAGCUGUCAGACGACAUCGGGAACUUUGGGGAGGUGCGGCUGCCCCUCCUUGGCUGCCUCGGUGUCUCCUGGGUGGUCGUCUUCCUCUGCCUCAUCCGAGGUGUCAAAUCUUCAGGGAAAGUGGUGUACUUCACAGCCACGUUCCCCUAUGUGGUGCUGACCAUCCUGUUUGUCCGUGGAGUGACCCUGGAGGGAGCCUUCACGGGCAUCAUGUACUACCUAACCCCACAGUGGGACAAGAUCCUGGAGGCCAAGGUGUGGGGUGAUGCAGCCUCCCAGAUCUUCUACUCGCUGGGCUGUGCAUGGGGAGGCCUCAUCACCAUGGCCUCCUACAACAAGUUCCACAACAACUGCUACCGGGACAGUGUCAUCAUCAGCAUCACCAACUGUGCCACCAGUGUCUAUGCUGGCUUUGUCAUCUUCUCCAUCCUUGGCUUCAUGGCCAAUCACCUGGGCGUGGAUGUGUCCCGCGUGGCAGACCACGGCCCUGGCCUGGCCUUUGUGGCUUACCCCGAGGCCCUUACGCUGCUUCCCAUCUCCCCGCUGUGGUCUCUGCUCUUCUUCUUCAUGCUCAUCCUGCUGGGGCUGGGCACUCAGUUCUGCCUCCUGGAGACGCUGGUCACAGCCAUUGUGGAUGAGGUGGGGAAUGAGUGGAUCCUGCAGAGAAAGACCUAUGUGACCUUGGGUGUGGCUGUGGCUGGCUUCCUGCUGGGCAUCCCUCUCACCAGCCAGGCAGGCAUCUACUGGCUGCUGCUAAUGGACAACUACGCGGCCAGCUUCUCCUUGGUGGUCAUCUCCUGCAUCAUGUGUGUGGCCAUCAUGUACAUCUAUGGGCACCGGAACUACUUCCAGGACAUCCAGAUGAUGCUGGGAUUCCCACCGCCCCUCUUCUUUCAGAUCUGCUGGCGCUUCAUCUCUCCUGCCAUCAUCUUCUUUAUUCUAGUCUUCACUGUGAUCCAGUACCGGCCGAUCACCUACAACCACUACCAGUACCCAGGCUGGGCUGUGGCCAUCGGCUUCCUCAUGGCUCUGUCCUCCGUCCUCUGCAUCCCCCUCUACGCCAUAUUCCGGCUCUGCCGCACAGACGGGGACACCCUCCUCCAGCGUUUGAAAAAUGCCACAAAGCCAAGCAGAGAAUGGGGCCCGGCCCUCCUGGAGCACCGGACUGGGCGCUAUGCCCCCACCAUAGCCCCUUCUCCUGAGGAUGGCUUCGAGGUCCAGCCACUGCACCCGGACAAGGCCCAGAUCCCCAUUGUGGGCAGUAAUGGCUCCAGCCGCCUCCAGGACUCCCGGAUAUGAGCACAGCUGCCAGGAGAGUGGCCCCACCUCCACCCUGUGCUCCCACCGCAGAGACUGGUGAGGCAGAGGACAGGUGUCUCUGUCUGCCCCCUGCCAAGUCCUGGCCAGGAUGGCUGCUGUCACCUUGGUCACCACUGCUAGUGCAGUCAUUUGUGCUCGUGUCCCCAGUGUUUACACGUCCUCUGGAUGCCAAGAUGGCAGCUGGGGGUGGGGGUGGGAAUGGAGGGUUGCUGGGAGGUCCAAAGCACUUUGGAGGGGUCUCAGGCCAGGUACCCAGUAGCCUGAGGGGCUUUACAUGGCCUCUGAUACCCCUAUACUCUGCCCUGAGCUGAGGUUCUGGGUGGGCCCCCAGCUGUCUCCUUCCCGGGCCUCCAGCCCCAUGACUAGCAUUCCUGCCCUCACAGCAGACCCCAGCCUCUGCCCGGCACAUUUGGCUCCUCCUCCCUAGGGGCAGGGUGAGGGUGGGGGCUGCACAGUGUUACUGCCCAGCCCUGCUGAUCUGUGUAAUUAUUUUUGUAAAAAUUAUGUUAUCUGUGGUUGCCACCUCUUCACCCCAGCCUCUGGCCCAGUCUGUCUUCCAGGCCUGCCUGCACCUCACUGGGCUGCUCCAGGGCCUCCACCCCUCAUUCCAGCCCUGGCUGUCAGGCCCAGCCAGCAGAGGCCCACGACCCAGCAGCCUGCCCAAAGCAUUUGUUUCUGGGGGAUGGGGCAGGGGCUGCUCCACAGGAGGUUUGAGCCCAUCCCCCCAGGGAAGGGGAACCUGCACACCCCCCUCACCCUCCCUCCACCAGGCUAAAGGCCCAGUCUUUCCAAAUGUGCUGCCCUCAUUCAUGUGCCAAAUGGCCCCAGCCCAUGUGCCCUUCCCCUCUCUGGAGUAGGAGCUCCUUCUGAGGUGUCUGAAGCCCUGAAGUGUCCAUUUGUCUGUCCUCUGUGCAGUGAAAGCCCUGGCCACACCACCUCUGAUCCUCUGUAGCAAUAACGGUGCACCGCCCAACCCUGCCCAUCAUGCACCACUAGGAUUUUAAAGUCCAUAGAUUUUAAUGAAAUUUCUAUUCCUGUC